UUACCUCGUUGUGCUAAGGCUAAAAAGUCCAUUGUGAAGGAAGUAGUGAAGUCAAAUAAGAAAUUACACAUUUUGAUUUUGGGAGAAACCCAGAAAUUGAACAAAAAAUGGUGCAGCAACUCCUAUCUUCUUCUUCUUCAAACUUCUCCAUUGGAGCUCAGUUUCAAAACCAUGGACCAACUUCUCUCCCUUACCUUUCUCUCUCCUCUCAUAACUCCAUUAUCACUAAUACUGCCCAAUUCAAGCUUCCCAGAAAUUGGGUAUCCCAUGUUUCCUCAUCAAAGCUCUCACUUUCUGUAAAAUGUCGUCAGUCUUCAGAAUACUUUGAUAAGUCUCCUCCUAGAUUUUCUCCCUCUUACUCACCAAAUCCUUCAACCACUUCUUCAGGUUUUCCACCUAAGGUUUUUGUGGGGCAUUCCAUAUAUAAAGGGAAAGCUGCGCUUACCGUGGAGCCGAAAGCUCCAGAGUUUGUGCCGUUGGAUUCAGGCGCAUUUAAAGUUUCGAGGGAGGGUUACGUGCUGCUUCAAUUUGCUCCUGCUGCUGGUGUUCGUCAGUAUGAUUGGAGCAGAAAGCAGGUAUUCUCUCUUUCAGUGACUGAAAUUGGAAGUCUAGUGAGCCUUGGUGCAAAGGAGUCUUGUGAAUUUUUUCAUGACCCAAACAAAGGAAAAAGUGAUGAAGGCAAAGUAAGGAAAGUAUUAAAAGUAGAGCCCCUUCCAGAUGGCUCUGGCUACUUUUUUAAUCUAAGUGUUCAAAACAAGCUUUUGAACUUGGACGAGAAUGUGUAUAUACCCAUCUCUAAAGCAGAGUUUGCAGUUCUUGUAACGGCAUUCAAUUUUGUCUUGCCAUACCUUUUAGGUUGGAAUGUCUUUGCCGAUAACAUAAAACCAGACGACAGCAACCGCAUCAACAGCUCAAACACAAGAACGGGGGAUUAUGAAUGGAAUAGAUAGUUUUCUUCAUGUUUGAAGGAAAACUAAGUGGUGUAUUUAAAAAAGGUUCUCUUUGCUGAUGUUAUUUGAAGUAAGGUUUUAGGUUUUCAGGCUUCAUUCACAUUUGUUCCUUGCUCAUUAUUAGGGACUAGGAAGUUUUGUGGAGGAGAUUAAACAUUGACGAUUAAUUAAAAUGGUUAGAGAAAGAUUAGUACUCUUCGAUUUUUUGUUUGCCUAAUCCAUCAUUCAUCUUAGUGUUUCGCUACAAGAAAAUCCAAAUUUAUUUCCUCGAUCGAUCGACAAUAGAAUUUAGACAGUUGAAUUUGAGUUUACAAUAAAAAAUCUUGAUGUGUUGGAAUGUUUAUUGGGGAGACUAUGACAUCAAUUUGACGUUUGACUGCUCA